AUGCGACUAAAGAACAAGCUGAUAUUGGCUUGCAUCUGUCUCAUAAUCUCAUUCAUUGUGACAACUUCCGGUGUGCUCUUUGGAGUCCUAUACUUUGUCCCAACUAUUGAGAAGGCCAAAGACUUUACAGAGACAUCUUGUUAUGUUUUGGAUGUCAAUGUGACAGCGACAAAUUAUACAGGUAGUUGCAGUGAUUUGGAUGACAAUGUUUGGUGGGUCUAUUGGCUUGGGACUGGAAAUGGUCUACUUGGCGGCAUGGACGAACUGUCUGGCGGCGCAAAUACCAAUUCAAAGAACCGUACCACAUCAACAACACUGACGCCACAUGGGCUUCAGGAUCAACCACCACAGCCACACAUCGAAACAACAUGCUACCAAGGAACAUGGAGCGUGGACUUUGAACUCAGUCGCGACAAUAUAAUCGAAGGCACAACACAGAGUCUUUGGACGAGCGACCUGAACCUGCUACACAACUACACAGCAUUUUACAAGAAGACUAGCUCACACGUGUGCUACUACGAUCAGAAGAAGCCAUCGACCGACAUAUGUUGGUCCAAGCUGACGCCGUUCAAACGGUCCUAUCUGGUGAUCAGCAUUGCGAUUGGCGUGACGGGCACGAUUGGCAUGCUCCUGUCAUUCUUUGUGAUCGUGGUGCUCAAGCGUCGCCAGAGUCGCUUCCAGACACAGUACGCCCCGCCCACACAAGCCGAACAUCAACUAUUUAAUCAUGGUGGCAGCACAAUGUACAACCGAGCCAGUCUGUUUCCAGGCCAGCCGCAGCUGAACAAGUCCAACAUGUCCAUCAACACAUUUAUCUACUCCAAUUCAGAGUUCAAACUCGAGUAUGACGAUUGCCAAGACUAG